AACCUCAUCAUCCACUUCCAAAUCUUUGCUUCCAGAGAGCAGAACAAGUCUGCAAUCUUCUCCAAUCCCCUUCCUGUUCCGUGUGAUCCAGAUGCGAUUUGCAGCAGAGGUUUUCUCCUGUAAUUCUUCAGAAGCUCGAGAUUCGUUUGCCGUGUUUUGUUCUUUGGGGACCAUUUCGCCACCGUAAGCUGAUUUGAUAGGUAGAUCCGCAUCUUGAAGCCCAACCGAGUAUCAGCUAGUAAUUCUGGGUUACUCCGUGGCAAAGAUAGCAACUUGCAGCGCGCAAUGGCCCAAAAGGGAGAGGAAUCUUACAGGGACGUCGAAAAAGGGCCGCAGGACACUCACUCGAGUGGGGGUGACCAACACGGCUUCGGUUUCUCCGACGCGGAAGGGCAUUCGUGGCCUUCGCCAAACGGCGCGAAAUGUGGCAGUUCCGCUCGCGGUGGCUGCCGGCUUUCGAGCGCAUCCGGCAGCGAGAUCGAUGGGCUUCGAGAGCCCUGUAGGAAGUCCUGCGUCUCUGGGUUGGAGACUUCGCUUGACGAUGAUCCAGAGGCUAAGGAGGAUGUGGAUAAGGGAGAACGGGAUUGCCGAAUUUGCCAUCUCAGCUUGGAGAAAGCAGCUCCGGAGUCGGGAGUGGCGAUUGUAUUGGGCUGUUCUUGCAAGGAUGAUUUGGGUGCUGCGCACAAGCAGUGCGCUGAGACUUGGUUUAAGAUCAAAGGAAACAAGACCUGUGAGAUAUGCGGCUCCACAGCACAAAAUGUCAAUGGUGUGAGCGAGACUGAAGUUGCGGAGCAGUUGACAGAGGCCAGCUCUUCUACACCACAAACCACAUUGCCAUUGGAGACACAGGGCUUCUGGCAGGGACAUCGUUUCCUCAAAUUCCUGCUUGCCUGUUUGGUGCUUACCUUCGUCGUCUCCUGGCUCUUUCACUUCAACAUGCCCGGCUGAUUGCAAUGCAAGCAAUUUGAACCAAAGACUCCCUGUGCAUCACCAUUUGCUGUGGAAUUACCAAACGAAGCCGAAAGCCCCUGAUGUAUCAUAACAGAAGGAAGAAGUGUCGAUAAAUGUUUCGGAGGGAAGCGAUAUGAGAAGUUCAUGUAUGUGAUCCUUUGGUUUGGUGGAAACAACAAUUCUGAUACUUUGUAGGACAUACUUUUGUGCACGUCUGGUUUGAGUGCUUCAUUUGUUUGUUUGUUUGUUUUGUUAGAUUUUGAUUGUCACUAAUUGCAGUUCUUAAUUUGUAAAAUUAUAUGAUAUAGAAAAUUAUUAAAGUUUAAUUUUCUUAGA